AUGAAGCGAAGUCGUCUUCAUUUCGAGUCCAACGGUGAUGCCUCCUCUGCCGCCUCUCCCCAGAGUACCCGCCCACAGUAUACCCCGGAAAAUGACUCACAGCAGAGCCCGAGGCAUGUCCCCAAGAUCUCGCGCAGAAUCAGAGCUUGUACGGAAUGCAAACGCCAUAAGGUCCGCUGUGAUAUGAAUGCGGGGGACACCGUUUGUCACAGAUGUCGUCGCAUGGGCCUGGAAUGUGUUGUCAACAAAAGCCUCCAGACGUUGCUGGACGAUGAGACAGAAUGGAAGGCCACAAUAGAGCUCGCAAUGGCAGACCUACUACGAAAGGCCCAGCUACCCGAUCUUUCAUAUUAUCAAACUAAUGGAAAGGCAUCAGAGCCACUGUCAAAGAAAAGAGACCGCCAGGAUUCUACAGUGUCGACGGAAGGCACGCCUCUUGGGACGGAUCACGAUGUUGGAGCAGAGCGUCUUGAGAGCAGCGCGCAGAGAGUAGCACCCGAGCCCAGAACAUCCGAAACCACCUUCCAACAGCCUUCACAAUACGCCCUAGACAGGGAAGAGAAUGGAACCUCAUCGCUGGUCACGGCUCCGAUGGGGAGUCUGUACGAAGUGACACAGUUGAGCGAUAUUCAGACAACUUCACCGGGAAGGCAUCAUGCACCAGAUCGGGCUCUUGUCACCGAUUUCGUUUCGCGGGGAGUAGUGGAUUUGCACGAGGCGGAGGAGCUUUUCUCCUACUUUGAUCAAGUACUUAGCCGUUAUCUUUGGGAUGGGAUAUUGCUGGACCACAAAGACCUGACCUCUGUGAGGAACUCUUCCUCGAUGCUCUCCGCCGCCAUUCUCGCUGUCACAGCCCUGCAUUUGCCCAAGAAAGAACGCACAUUCGAUAUUUGCUAUACGGAGUUUGCUAGGUUAGCAUCAGAAUCAAUGCUAGACAGACACCACACCCUGGAUGAUCUGCGCGCUUUAUGUAUAGGCGCCUUUUGGCUUGCAGACGUAAGCUGGAAGCUGUCUGGGUAUGCAGUGCGGAUUGCCACGGAGCGCAACCUGCAUCAGUCUUACCGGAAAGCAACACAAGGCUCUCCAGAGCAUAUAGAACAAGCUAGGCUGUGGUAUCUUCUUUAUACCCUAGAGCAUCACUUUUCCAUCGCCUACGGACGACCCCCGAUAAUCCACGAGGACCAGAGCAUCAAGAAUCACAAUACUUUCACCCAUGCCCCUAACGUGCAACAAGGUGACCUGCGUCUACACAGCCAGGUCGACCUGUUUAUCAUUCUUACCCGAAUAUACCACGCCUUUGGACCCGAUGUCGACUUGGAGGUUCCCGACAGCGAAUUUUCUACCAUUGAUAAAUAUGACGCCGACCUUGACAACUGGCGGAUAGCCUGGUAUCCGCGCUUGGUUGGGAGUCGAUAUGUCGGUGCAUACCCUUACAGAGCGGUUAAUCUGCAUUAUCAUUUCUCUCGAUUACAGCUGAAUUCAGUUGCUUUGCGGACCUAUCACUCUUCGAUAUCGACACGACCCAUGUCUGCUGAGCGAAAGAAGCGCGCGAAUAUAGCCAUACAGUCCGCCAUAGACACACUUCGGGUGGUCCUAGAUGAGCCUGAUAUUCAGAGGGCUCUGGUUGGCGUUCCAUUGUACCUCCACAGUAUGAUCACUUUUGCCGCCGUUUUCCUACUGAAGAUUGCGGCCAAGGGCUGCUCCAGCAGCAUCCCCAACAACCAAGGCCAGCAGAAUUCCAUUUCUUCAGCCGGCCUGCACAUUGACGUUGCGUACGUGCGGGAGCUGGUCGGGCGGAUUGUUAAUAUGAUGGUCUCGUGCAGUAAGCGUGCAAGCGAGCACCAUCUCAGCCACCAUAUAGCCCGUGGCUUAAAAAAGAUGCUCACGGGGUUGGAGGAAUGGGAGAAGAGGAAUCUUGGUAAUUCCCAGUCUCUGACACAUAACUCUCAUGAUGCUCUGCCCAUGUUCAAACCGGUUGUUAUCCCCGGGGCUCAGCCCCUUGGAGAGCGGGACACGAUACUGAACCCCCCUCCUCCAUUGCUGGGAGUUGCUCCCUUGUCGGCUGAGAGAGGAAAUAGCUUCGACUCAGAUGCGACACAGGUGAAGGCCCAGACGGGCCUCUCAGAAGGGUCGGUGGACCCUAUGAUGGCUGAUCUUUGGGGCUUUGAUGAGGAUUACUUCCCGACCGGGGUGUUUGAUUUCCUUCAGUCCCAGAUGCCUGCUUGA